UUUCUAUUCAAGGUGUCGGCGACACCCUUGUUUUUUAACGUGAUCCAAGAUGCUGUCGAGCACAUAAAAGAUGAAGCCCAAGAGAUUGCCAACAACAUCAACCAGGGCAUACAAGAUGCAAUUAAUCAGGUCAUCAACAGCAGCAGUGAAGCCGCAGCCAACGCCACCGCUUCUGCUGACGACAGCAGCUCUGCAGUAUCAGCAGACAGCGAAACUGAGGAGGACACAUCUGACUCCGCAUCUGAUUCUGCAUCUGACUCCACAUCCGACUCCGCAUCUGACUCCACAUCCGACUCCACAUCUGACUCCACGUCUGACUCUACAUCCGACUCCACAUCUGAUUCCGCAUCUGACUCCGCAUCUGACUCUGCAUCUGACUCCAGCUCCUCAUAAGGAGACGGGAUGGAGAGUGAAAGUGAGAUUGAGAGCCUCUGAGCAUGAGGAGGUUCACAGGACAACAUCUAUACCUGUGUUCAUGGCAUUACUCUGAAAUUUCCCGUUUUAGCCGUUAAUAUCGUGAUUUUGAUCAUUUAAUUCCUUACAAUAAUAGUGCAAA